AUGGAUUCACAAGGCUCACCAGUGCAGACCGAGUGGCUGCCCCUGCUCCGCGGCGAGUCGAUUCUGCCCAGGGCCUUAGACAAACGAAUCAUGAAGGCCCGUAAGGACCACGAUUGGUUUAUGGCUCUUGCGCUGGCUGUCUCCAACCACAAAGACAAGGUCCAGGGGAAGAUGUUCGGAAAGCUCUAUCUGUUCCUGCGUGACUUUCACCCGCAGGGCCUGACUGGGCGGUUCACACACAUCCGGGGGGGAGAAGUCAUGAGCUAUCUGCUCUGCCACGUCAACGAGUCCUCGCUAUCACGGCACAAGCUAACGCGGGAUGCGCACAUCAACUUCGACCAGCUUGAGGCGUGGAUGCAGCGUGGUGAGGACUGGCGGGCGGCUAUGUCAUCCGCCCAAGAGACGGCCGAGACUGGCGAAGACAGAGGCAGGCAGAGGCAUCCCUGGAAGGCUCCAUUUCUGCUAUCGCCGGCAGGCAUACUCGCCCUCCUCACGAUAGCACACCCUGACAUGAAAUUCAAGGAGCGUGUCGAGCAGUUACAGAUUGGUUGGAUGCUGGAUUAUGCGCAGGAGACUCUGGAUGUUCAGGAAGGCUACUGGAAGGGCAUAAAUGCGACCAAUUUGCACGAAGUCUUUCUCCCCGAGGAAAACCUCGUCAACACGGAGGUCCCCCACUUCAUGGACUAUACGGCGCUGUUCGGACAAGACUUUAUCAAGUGGAGGAAAGACAUGCGGCCGUUCCUGCAACAGCUCGGACCUUGGGCGCAGGGUGUCAAUGUGGAAGGGGAGCCUUCCGACCCCGAAGAGGACAUCACUGCGCCUCAGACUGACGGCGUAUUUGAUCUGAUCGAAGAUGACUCCCGAGAGGCUAGCGCAAGCCACGUCGACAAGGACUGCCCGGACGGCAGCACAAGUGGUCAAAAAGACGGCGGCACCACCAGCAGCACGACGAGUUCAGAGGCUCAUGAGAGCCCGGAUCCGGCCCGGGACGACCUGCGCCGACACCUUUGCCCGACACCGAAGGAGCUAAAGGAUCUCCAAGCGUGGCUGAGCGACCGGCUGAACGGGACCUUGGACAGCGACGUACUUUUGAUCUGGUGCGAAGCAUGGGCCCGGAAGAUGAGCGGUGCCACGCACUAUGAGGUACAGCUUCUCAUUCGCUCCCUCUUCCUCCAGAGUCUCAGCAGACUAGAGAGCCUCUGGGCUUCGGACAAGACGACAGCAGAGGCAUACAUGGUCCUUGAUAUCGAAGAUAUGGAGCUUCAUCCGCCACAGCAGCUUGGCGAGGAGGGCCGUGGCGUGCUCCAGCACCCCCUCUACACUACUGCUACACAUGCUUAUCAACGUCUGGCUAGCCUAGCACGUGAAUCCAACCUUGGUCCUCGGGGCAUCGAUAUCAUUAAUCAAAUUUCCUCACGACUUGCUAAGUUCUUCCACGAGACCUUCAUACACCCUACAUUCUUCAGGGUCAGGAAGGACGUACUAUCUCUGUGCAUACGACGUGCGCAGAUACUCAUCCAGGAUUUCCCAUGCGCGAGUGGCAAUACUAAGGAACCCGAGAAACUGCGGGAUGAACUUCUCGAUACAGCCAGCAUCGCCGCGCUUCAACUUACCAAUUGGCAGCUACAGGCACUUCUGGUGCCCGGCGCGGACGUGCACGAGGUGCUCACCGAGGCGCAGUUCGGCGUAUACUCCGCGAGGCUUGCCGGUAGCACGGCUCCUACCACCCGCGCAGUCACGCCUCAAGCCGUAGGCGACGCCAGUGGCAGCCCGGAGACGGCAGCGGUCCUACGCAAGCUCUUCGGCAAUCUGCCACAGCCACAGCCACGUGUCUCUUCUAUCAGUAUACCAACGCCACCAAGCUCAACAUUACCCUCGCACGUUUCUCCACCUCCACCAAGCGGGCUCGACAGCACAUCCAAGGCUGGCCCGCACACCUCGAAUCGGAACCUGUUUGCAGGUCGGAAGUCCAGUUGUGUGUCCAAUCUGAAGAAACGCCCAAGCAGCCCUGAUGCGAGGGAUGCUAAAGCUCGCAAGGUGGAAAGCGUAUCGAAGGACCUGCUCGACAAGUUAGGGAGUGGAAUUGAGACUUUGGCCGAGACGGUCCAGACAGAGACCCAGGGGCUAAGGACAGCAAUGACCCGCGACAGCACACAGCUGCGGGAGGAUGUCCAAGGCUGCCGGAGUGCAAUCAUAACCAACAUCAGGCCGGUACAUGAGGACCUGCAGUUGCUCAGAACAGAGGUCAUUGGUAACAACGCGUCACUAAAUGAUAAAAUCCAGGGCCACUUUAACGUUAUCGCUGAGCCUCUCCUACAGGAUAUACAACUUUUGAGGACACAGAUAACACGGGACAAUACACAACUACGUGAUGACCUCCACGCUGGCAACGAGGCAUGGGGCGAGAUCAAGACAAUUGCUGAACAGCUAAGAACAGAGUUCCGGGCCGGCGUGCAGUCGCUCCAGGAUCAGGUUUCCAACAUUGUCCAUGUCCAAGAGAGACUAAGCGCUGUUGAGACCAGCCUGGGCAGUCUACGAGAGACUCAGGCUGCGCUUGUGAGGCAAGCAAGGCCACAGGUAGGCCAGGACGGCUACCUGAGCCUGAAGUGCCCGGCACCAGCGGCGUGGGAGCAGAGGUCAUAUGAGGCAUCACUCCUCCGUGCAGGAUGGUUUUACAUUCAGUUGUUUGAUUUUCGGGAGGAAGGUGUGUCUCCUGAUGAAGACGCCCUAGAAGCGACCAAAACCCGCUUUCCCCAUGCCCCGGAGGAACAUAUCAUCACAGCCCUCGAACAUGUACAUAUCCAGGCGUACAAUAAGCCCUUCUGUCUGGACAUGACCGAGUAA